GGGCGCUGAGGUGACUGACAGGCCGCGGACCGAGGGCGCGCUCGGCUGCUGUCAGCGCCGUAGCUGGGCCGGUACUCCCGGAAGACCGGCUCGCCGGGGAGGCGAGGAGGAGGCUGCCGUCCGCUCCUCCUCGGAGCUCCCGCCGGGGUAGCUCAGUGCGAGCCGCGGUCCCGAGCCCGAGGGUCCCGCGCCGCCCCCCUACCCCUGGGCAAGCCCCGGCCGCCGGGACCUCGCCGGGCGUGGCAGGCUGGGCGACACCCCGGCUGGGGACCGCGUCCCGCAGCCCCAAUGCCUCCGGGAGCGGAGCGGAGUGGCUGUCGGUGGUUGGAACCGCGGAGGUGUCCCCGGUGGCGAGGGCGCCCAGGACGCCGGUCUCUGCUAAGUUGCGCGCGCGCGCCUUGCGGGGACCGCGUGUGAGUGAGUCUGGUAUAAAUUGGCCUCUUGAGCUUCAGCCUUAGCAAGAAAGAAGUGGGAAAUACUCCUGAAAAGAAAACUAAACCUUCAAGAAACCACAACUUGUUUUUACAUGGUUUUCAGCUCACUUACCAAUAUGGACACUUUUCCUGACGUUUUUCCACCUGGUGGAGAUCGUAGACUAAAUUCUGACUCUGAGUUGCAAAAAAUGUUAAUUGAUAAAAGAAUGGAAUGUGAGCAUCAUAAAAACAAUUAUCAGAAACUAAAACAGCAGCACACAGGGGUGUUAACUCCGCAAAAGCUGGAAUUGUUAAGAGCCCAGAUACAACAAGAGUUAGAAACUCCAAUGCAGGAGCGCUUUCGGAGUCUGGAUGAACAAGUGGAAAAGUAUAGAGCUGAAUAUAAUAAGCUUCGCUAUGAAUAUACAUUUCUUAAGUCAGAAUUUGGACACCAGAAAGAAGAAUUUGCACGUAUGUUAGAAGAAGAAAAAAUGAAGUAUGACUCAGAGGUUGCAAGACUGGAAAACGAAAAAGAAGAACUACGUAACCAGCUGCUUAGUGUUGAUCCCACAAGGGAAAGCAAACGAGCGGAGCAACUUCUUCGAGAAAAAGCCCACUUGAGUCAGAAAUUAAAAGGCUUAGAGACUGAAGUAGCAGAAUUAAGGGCUGAAAAAGAGAAUUCUGGUGCUCAGGUAGAAAGUGUCCAAAGAAUACAGGUGCGGCAGUUGGCUGAGAUGCAGGCUACAGUGAGAUCCCUGGAGGCUGAAAAACAGUCGAUCAAGUUGCAGGCUGAACACCUGGAAAAAGAGCUGCAGUCAAGCAAUGAACAAAAUACUUCUUUAAUCAGUAAAUUGCAUAAAGCUGAUCGAGAAAUAAAUACACUGACCAGUAAAGUAAAAGAGCUUAAACACUCAAAUAAGCUAGAAAUAACAGACAUCAAACUGGAGGCAGCAAGAGCUAAGAGUGAGCUUGAAAGAGAAAGAAAUAAGAUUCAAAGCGAACUGGAUGGGCUACAGUCAGACAAUGAAAUUCUCAAAUCAGCUGUUGAACACCACAAAAUGCUCUUAGUAGAAAAAGACCGUGAAUUAAUACGUAAAGUACAAGCUGCCAAGGAAGAAGGUUAUCAAAAGCUUGUAGUAUUACAAGAUGAAAAGCUGGAACUUGAGAACAGAUUAGUGGAUUUAGAAAAAAUGAAGGUGGAGCAUGAUGUUUGGAGGCAAUCUGAAAAGGAGCAGCACGAGGAGAAACUACGGGCUUCCCAGAUGGCAGAGGAGUCAGCCAGGAGAGAACUUCAGAGUAUUAGGAUAAAACUUCAACAACAAAUUGUGAAUAUUGAAAAUGCAGAGAAAGAAAAAAAUGAAAAUUCUGAUCUGAAACAGCAAAUCAGUAGUCUGCAGAUCCAGGUGACCUCACUGACCCGGUCUGAGAAUGAGUUGCUGAAUUCAAAUCAAAUGCUGAAGGAAAUGGUGGAGAGAUUAAAGCAAGAAUGCCGUAAUUUAAGAAGCCAAGCUGAAAAAGUACAACUAGAAGUUGAAAAGAAAAAAGGCCUUUAAAAUUCUGCCUGAGCAAAUGAUUCUGAAAAUGCUCAAAGAGAAACUCUUCUUCACUGAGCAAACCCAAAUGUUUCUUCUAAAAUCUGUUCUGACUGCCAGAGAAUGGAACAGAAUGAUUUGGCAGUGGGGUU